AUGAGAUUGGCGAAAGAAGGAAGUCAUGAUUGGGAAUUUGAUGGCAGAUUAGGAGGACACAUGUCGAUAUUCAACACUGGCCAGUUGAGUCGCACAGCUGAAUCUGAAUCGCCAUUUUCACUCACCAUUUUAACAAAGCAUCAAAUUACACACAGUCGCACACACUGCGGCGUCCAUUGUUCCGCCGGAAAAUUUCGGAUCCCAGCAAUGAUAUCCCUCAACACCAUCGCCAAACCCUCGCCGCCGCACUUCCGCCCCAAAAAACCCCUCAGGAGGCCGCCCAAAACCCUAGCCGCCGCCGCCGCCCCAAUCCGCGCCUUCCUCCAGUACAACCGCAAGCCGGAGCUCUCCGGCGAGACCCCCCGCGUCGUGGUCAUCACCUCCGGCAAAGGCGGCGUCGGCAAGACCACCACCACCGCCAACAUUGGCCUCUCCCUCGCGCGCCUCGGCUUCUCCGCCGUCGCCAUCGACGCAGACGUCGGCCUCCGCAACCUAGACCUCCUCCUCGGCCUCGAGAACCGCGUCAACUACACCGUUGUCGAGGUCCUCAACGGCGACUGCCGCCUCGACCAGGCCCUCGUCCGCGACAAGCGCUGGUCCAACUUCGAGCUCCUCUGCAUCUCCAAACCCCGCUCCAAGCUGCCCCUAGGGUUUGGAGGGAAAGCCCUAAUCUGGCUAGUCGACGCCCUGAAAAACCGCCAGGAUGGCCCGCCGGAUUUCAUCCUCAUCGACUGUCCCGCCGGAAUUGAUGCCGGAUUCAUCACCGCCAUAACCCCCGCCAACGAGGCUGUUCUUGUCACAACCCCUGAUAUCACGAGCCUCCGGGAUGCGGAUAGGGUUACUGGAUUGCUCGAAUGUGAUGGGAUUAGGGAUAUUAAGAUGAUUGUGAACCGGGUGAGAACGGACAUGAUUAAAGGGGAGGACAUGAUGUCGGUUUUAGACGUGCAGGAAAUGCUCGGGCUGCCAUUGUUGGGCGUGAUUCCGGAAGAUUCUGAGGUGAUCAGGAGCACGAACAGAGGUUACCCUUUGGUUCUGAACAAGCCACCGGCCUUGGCUGGUCUGGCUUUUGAGCAGGCGGCCUGGCGGCUGGUCGAGCAGGAUACCAUGAAGGCUGUCAUGGUGGAGGAGGAGCCCAAGAAAAAAGGAUUCUUCUCGUUUUUCGGAGGGAACUCGGAGGAAAAAUGUUGUAAUGAGACUCCUACACAGGGUGAAAAGCAUGUUCCUCGCUCCAUAAUGUUGACAAGUUGGAAUUGUGAAUUGAAGCACAAGUUUGUAGUAUGCUCAAUUCUAAUACUGGUCGAGACAAUUUUAAUACUGGUCGAGACGUUAAAUUCAUCCAGCUACAUGAAGCAUGACUCGAAAGUUCAGUCUGGUUCAAGAUUUGAGGACCUUCUAGUGACAAAAUUGGACAUAGAGGCUCUACAUUUUCCAUACAGGGCCUAG